AGACGGAGAGCGGCCACGAGACUUGUUGGGACCUGCGCUGACUCCUGCCGCACAAGAUGACAGCAAGAGACGGGCCCCAAGAUAGGUACAAGGCUGUCUGGCUGAUCUUCUUCAUCCUCGGCCUGGGAACGCUGCUGCCAUGGAAUUUCUUCAUGACUGCCAGGGAGUAUUUCAUCAGCCGCCUCGCAGACCCGGAGGAGGUGAUCCGGGCUGGGAACCAGACUGGUGAGGCUACCUCAUCCCUCUCCUACCUGCAAUCCAUGUUUGACAACUUCAUGACUCUCUGUGCCAUGGUGCCCCUCCUCAUCUUCACCUGCCUCAACUCCUUCAUCCACCAGCGGAUUCCUCAGCAGAUCCGCAUCUCAGGCAGCCUUGUGGCCAUUGGUCUGGUGUUUUUAGUCACUGCAAUCAUGGUGAAGGUCGACAUGGAGCCGCUUCCCUUCUUUGUCUUUACCAUGAUCAGCAUCAUCUUCAUCAACUCGUUUGGUGCCAUGCUCCAGAGCAGCCUCUUUGGGCUAGCAGGGCUCCUGCCUACCAGUUACACAGCUCCCAUCAUGAGUGGGCAGGGCUUGGCAGGCACCUUUGCUGCUUUGGCGAUGAUCUUCAGUAUUGCCAUUGGCGCCAAGCAACCCGAGAGCUUCAUCGGUUACUUCACCACAGCCUGUGUGGCUAUCGUGCUGGCAAUCUUCUCCUACAUCCUUCUGCCUCGCUUGGAUUUCUUCCGAUACUACUCCAUGAAGGACAAGACUGAGUACCGUGUGUACAAUGCUGAGCUGGAGACCAAGAGAGACCUGAUCAAGAAAGAUGAAUUCAAUGGGAUGGAGCAGAAUAACUCAAAGAUCAUCCCUAUCCACAACCCUGAUGAGAAGCCCUCAGUGGUUGCUAUUUUUAAGAAGCUCUGGGUCAUGGCUGUGUCUGUCUGCUUCGUCUUCACUGUCACCAUUGGUGUCUUUCCUUCCAUCACAGCUAAGGUGUCCACUGUCCUUGGAGAUGGAAACAGAUGGGGUCUCUACUUCAUCCCUGUCUCCUGCUUUCUGCUCUUUAAUGUCUUUGACUGGACGGGACGGAGUCUCACUGCUCUCUUCACGUGGCCCGGCAAGGACAGCUGCCUCCUGCCAGUGAUGGUGGCCCUCCGUGUCAUCUUUAUCCCUCUUUUCAUGCUGUGCAACGUGGAACCCCGGGACCAUCUGCCUGUUGUAUUCUCUCAUGACGCCUGGUACAUCAUCUUCAUGAUCUUCUUCUCCAUCUCCAAUGGCUACCUGGCCAGCCUUUGCAUGUGCUUCGGGCCCAAGAAAGUGCUGGCCCAUGAAGCAGAGACAGCCGGAGCCAUCAUGACCUUUUUCCUGUCGCUGGGCUUGGCCCUAGGAGCUGCUGUCUCCUUUCUGUUCCGAAUUCUCAUCUAG